AUGUCUACCUCCAGCUCAUCCGCCGCCACAUCAGGCCUUGCUCGCUAUCAGCUCGACAUUCCAACAUCCGCACUAGCUUCCAGCUCCACACGCACGCGCACCUCAUCCACAAGUGAUCGCUCCGCCUCGUCACAAUCCCAGCAUGGCUUCUUCUAUAUUCCCGACUUUAUCACUGCGGAGGAGGAGAGGUACCUGAUGGGGAAGAUCAAUAGCGCUCCUCAGCCAAAGUGGAAAGUUUUGCAAGCCAGAAGGUUGCAGCACUGGGGCGGUCAGAUCGCUCAAAAGAGCGGCACGUUGAUUCCGGAGCCUCUGCCAGAUUGGCUGGUCAGGUUUCCCAACAUCGUGCAGCGUGUCCGGGAGACCAAAGCGUUCGUCGAGUCCAAGCAUGAGGGUCCUAAUCAUUGCCUUGUGAACGAGUACGAAGCGGGUCAGGGCAUCAUGCCUCAUGAAGAUGGAGGAGCCUACUUUGCAGCCGUAGCGACCCUCUCGCUAGGUUCGCAUACACUAUUAGACAUCUACCGCUGGGCUCCGGAAGAGCCCACUGCGACAGGCUCUACAGACCAUGACGAAGCAGACGCUCGAGCGAGGGAGCAGCACCCCGUCUUUUCUAUUCUGCAAGAGCGCAGAUCUCUAUUGAUCACGCGUGGGGACGCUUACAAAGAUUAUCUGCACGGCAUAGCAGACCGCAGCAGCGACACCACGCAGCACUUUGCGCGCGUGAUCAAUGGCUCCUCGAUCAAAGCUCCGCACUUGCAGCAAGCGCUGAUUAGCGCAGGCGUUGCGGUGCAGAGUGACCCAGCCCAAGCCUUUGAGGUCUUGCCGGCUGGAGCAGGUACCAAGCAAUUACCCAGGGUCGGGGUGGAGAGACAGACGCGGGUGAGCAUCACGAUGCGCGACGUGGAACGCGUCAGCAAAGGUCUGGGAGGCGUUCUUGGACGGAGAUGA